GAUCUAUGCAUCACCUUACCGGUCUUACCGCCGAAGCUUUGCUUCAAUGUUGUUGCUGCUGCUGGUACUGGCAGCUGCGGAGGAGUGCCCCGAGAUCUUCGAGGCCUCUGGUCCCAGCCUUCUGCAACGCCGGAAGAGCGCCGAGGAAAGCAUAACGCUUCCACAAGAACAAGUGACGCGGUUGGAGGAGGAGAUGUCGAAGCUACUCGACCGGCUGGAGCGCUUGGAGGACAAGGAGGAUUCAAAGGACUCAAAGCCGGUUGCGCCUACUGUGCCGGUUGAGAGCCCGAAGGGUCAGAAGCACAUCCAGGAAGAGGACUUCGAGUUUUGCCAAAAGGCGAAGACGAAUGUAUUGAGCGAGGUGGGGGCUGAUGUGAACCACACGGACACUUCUGUGGUGUGCGAUGACAAGACAGAGGUGCCGCUGUUUUCACCCAAGGAUAGCUCGCCAUACUAUGAAGUGCAGUGCUGCCCGGCAGAUGCGACUUAUUGUGCUGGCUGCGCCAAAUUGAAUUCAGGGGGAACUUCCUGUGCCACGUGCCGUUGGGGCUACGUGAUGCGUAGCAACAAAUGUGUGGCGUGCGUUGACCUGCCCUGGGAGAACUCGCAGGGACAAAACUGCCACGCAGCCUCCUGCUCAAACUCCAGGCAAUCGGGUUUCAGCUCCAACACCGCCUGCUGCAAAUGCGGCGGCGGCCAGGGCGCGGCCACGCCGUUUGAGUACUACGUGGGGCCGAUGGCCAUCGGCAACAGCCAGGUCGUGGGCCACCCAAUUCCCCGCACGGCCAGCCAGUAUGCAGUUGACAAGGACUGCGAGAUGGCAAAGUUUGGGCUCCGCAUCGAUCCUACGACCGGCAAGCUGGAGCGGACUGCAGGGUGCUCGACGGUCGGCUGCGGCCUCGUCACGAGCUUUGAGGUGAAGUGCACCGUCACGGCCAUGCAGGCAGAUGGCUUGUCCGCCUCAGCUCCGUUGGUGGCUGUGGUGGGGGAGCUGGGCUAUGGCAGCGGGCCCGUGGUGUUGCGCGGCAGCAACUCUGCUGCCCCUGUGACAGCGCCGGGGCUUUCGGGCUCCUUCUCUUUGGCUUGCUCUCCGGAGGCCCAGUGGCUCUCUGUGAGCAGCAGUGGCGUCCUCUCCCUUGGCUCCGGCUCUGGUGGCGAAGUGACGGACGCCAGUGGCACCACGCUGGGGCGUGGGGCCGUGUGCAGCAUCACCAAGGGCACGGGGAAGGCACAGAUGCCGGUGCUGGCGCCUCAGAAAUGGAACUCCAUGAGCUACAGCUACGGGGGCAGCACCGUGCUCUAUGCCACGGUGGGGGAGCGCUCGCCUGCGCUGACGGUGAAGCCCUCCGGAAGCGGGGUGCCGCCCACCCGCUUCUCCGCCGACUGUGCCGGCGACUCCUUUGCCUUCGACCAGCUCUCCGGGGUGGCCACGUACCAGGGCCACGAGAUCUUUGGCUUGGAUGUGAAGUCUGGUACUCUGCAGCUGCAGCCUGAGCACUCCUUGGUGAAGGCCUUGGACUCACAAUCCGGAGUGCGCCGGAAGAUCUCGCUCAGCUGCACGGUGUUCGGGCACUACGAGUGGCAGCCGGCCGGUCAGGGCCCGGUGUUGACCCACCGCCUGUCGCUGGAGCUAAGGGACGGGACCUGCUGGGCAUCGAAGGUCCUCAGCUUCGCGAGCCGCGUAGACAAGGGCAGCCAUGCGCUGGACGCUUGCCGCGCCCUCUGCCGCUCGGAUCCCUUCUGCUCCCAUUUCCAGGUGGCGAGCAAGUGCUACUUCUACCAGGCCGUGUGCAAGGACUCCUCCCACCACGCUUGCAGUCACAAGGACGUCUCGGUCUUUGAGCACUACCCCGGAUGUGGGGAGCGAAGCAGCUGCAUCGAUGUGAAGAUCCCGAACUUCCACUAUAUGUCGGGCAAGUACUGCCCGCGGGGCGAGAAUGCACUGACGGAGAGCCAGGGUCCGGUGUACUUCAAGCAGGGCUUGACAACCAAGGAGACCUUUUGGCUGCAGAAGUUCGCCACUUGGCGAAGCCGCUGUUCCUUGGGGGACUGGGCGAUCUACAAGCCGCAUCCGGCAAAGGACUACGAGAAUUUGACUUCAAGCUACGUGGAGCUGCACGGGGCCGCGGUGGCCUGUCUCCGCGGCUCCACAGAUUUGGCCUCUGACGUCUUCUCUUCCGCCUCAGUGCAACUCACGGUGUCGCAGCUCACGACCGGAUCCGCCACUGCCCGUGUGGCGGCGCCCGGGUGCGCGGUACCGAACAUCACCUCUGAGGAACAAGAGGAAGAAGAGGAGAAGCAGAGCGUGUUUCCAUUGGUUUUGGACGAUCCAUCCACUGACAUCGCGGACGACCACUGGCUCCACCCCUGCCAAUGCGUCCCCGCGAGCUGGGGCUCGCAACCUCCCGUGAAAGAUGAAAGCGUGGCGGACAUCCCUGCGGGCAGCAACAACGAGUUUCUGCAUUUGCCCUUUCCGAUCGUGGAAGGCGAAUUCGUGUGCGAGCAGGAGAACAUGCUGUCAGUUCACGUGAUGUCCGAAGAUGAGAUGGCGGAUAGCGCAGACUGCAAGUCCAAGUGCAAAGCGCAGUCAUGGCCGCCCUGCACAUUCUUCUGGGAAGGCGAAGUCAUGUCUACAAAGCAAUGCCGGCUUUACUCCGCUUGCUCCCAACUGGUGCGUGAGGUGGGCAGCAUGGGCAUUCUCUCCGGCAUGACUUAUCGCAAGGCGUGCCGAAUCGCAGACCCUGAGACCUGCUGGAGCGUCACGAAGCGUCGCUCUUUCCUGGGCGCGGGCACAGAUUCGUACCCUUGCCUCUACGAGGACCUGCUGCAGCAGUGUGACCAUAAACUGAUGCUGGGCGGCUUCGGGGUGGCUGGCUGUGGGAAGUGCCAGUACGCUCCGGUGCAAGGACGCAACAUUCUCUCCUACAAUGGCAAGUGCCUGACGUACGCAAAUGACAAAAAUGUGUACGCAACCACCUGCUCAACGAACAAGAAUCAGAAGUGGUUCUUUGAGGGGGAAGCCAUCAAGACUGACGUGAAUGAUGACUGCCUGGACUACAACCCCAGCACUGGCAACGUCUACAUGCACUCUUGCCACGGAAGUAACAACCAGCUGUGGUACUUUGAGGGCGCCCACCUGAAGUCGCGGCAUGACGGCAAAUGCCUCGACUUGACUCAUGGCAAUGGCAACGCCUUCGUGGGGAACUGCCCGGGCAGCAACACCAUGCACUGGGCCUGGAAGCAGGAUAUGCAUGAUGGCCAGAAGCUGAUUAGCGACAACGGCCUCUGCCUCAAGCACGAAUCCGACAACACCUUCAAGGCCACCGGCUGCAGCAAGGCCUUUGCCCAUCGCUUCUACUUUGUGGGCGAGUUGCUCAAAUCAGAGAAGGACUCCUCGAUGUGUGUGGAGCACGUCUCCUCAACGGGGGAAGUGAGGGCGUCUACGUGCCAGAGCGGGAACAACUUCAAGUGGUACUGGGACGGAAAUUUUGUGAAGUCCAGGACAGACGGCCGGUGCCUGGACUUCCUCACUCACUCGGGUCUGGCGCGGGUGGGCAGCUGUCCAAACAGCAACACUCAGAGGUGGAACCAGCACAGCGUGUCCAAAGCUCUGCCGGCGGCGAAGUUGACGUCGAUGCACAGCGCUGGCCAUUGCUGGGACUGGCAUCCGGAGACCAAUGAUGUGUAUAUGCAUGAUAUCUGCCAUGGCAGCAACCACCAGAAGUGGUACUUGGACGGAGAGUCAAUUAAGAGUCCCCACGACACCUCGAAAUGCUUGGACGAAGAUUCCGGCGGCAAUUUAUACAUGCACCCGUGCCACGGCGGCGACAAUCAGAGGUUCUACUGGGAUGGCCAUAGAAUCAAGAAUAAGAAAUGGAACAAUGCGAAGUGCGUCGACUACAACUAUGGAAAUGGCAACCUCUACAUGCACACGUGCCACAGUGGCGCCAACCAGAGGUUCAACUUCUGGACGCCGCAGCGGCUUUCCAGCGAAGCCGAUCCCAGCAAGUGCAUGGAGAAGCAAGGGGACAACAAUGUUGUUAUGCACAACUGCAAGCACGACGACAACCAGCAGUGGUUCUUCCAGGGUCCCAUUUUGAGGAAUCAGGCAGAUGCCUUGCAGUGCUUGGACAUGCACACUAACAGCGACUCCAACCUGUACAUGCACAGCUGCCACGGAGGAGACAAUCAGGCUUUCUUCUGGAGCGGCGAGCUGGUGAAGUCUGUUCACGACAACAACUUAUGCUGGAAGAUGCACGGCGUGAACGUGGAGGGCAAACCGUGCGAUUCGAGCAGUGAUUUCUUCAAGUGGUACUUCCACGCGCCUAUCGAGAAGGGCAAGUUAUUCAAGUCCGACUAUGAGGACUCCUGCAUGGACUGGGACGAAAAUAGCGCAACAGCUUACAUGAACAGCAACUGCCACAAAUCCAGCAACCAGCGGUGGUACUUCAGCAGCGAGGAAAUUCAUGUCGAGUCCCGCGGAGAUAGCGCGUGCCUGGAUUAUGACCCCUCCACCGCGAGGGUCUACAUGCACACCUGCCACGGCGGCAACAACCAGAAGUGGUAUUUUGACGGCAAGCUCCUGAGGAGCAGGAAUGAUGCCCGAUGUCUCGACUUCAACACCCAUGGCAAGAAGAUGUAUGUGAUCAGCUGCCCCGACAGCAACACCCUCAAGUGGACCGCCGGCACUGACAUCCACAACAGUGUUCAGCUCAUUUCUGAUGGAAACAAGUGUCUUUCCUACGACACCUCCUCCGGCGACAAGAACGUGGAAGCCAGCGGAUGUUCGGAGUCCGACAACAAGCUGUGGUACUUUGACAGCAGCGAUAGACUCAAGACCGAGCAAGACGACAUGUGCAUUGAUUACCAUCCUACCUCCAGCAACUACUACAUGCAUGGCUGCCACAGUGGCCAGAACCAGAAGUUCUACUGGGACGGCAAACACUUGCGAGACAAGCACGACGACUACUGCAUGGACUACCAUGUGGCGAAUGGCAACGUUCGCGCGGGAACUUGCCAGGACAAGCAAAACGAUCAGUGGACGCUUGAAGGCGGCGCGAUGUUGAAGAAGACCCCUAUUCCAACGACCUUCUCCCAUGGCCAGACUCUGGAGGUCUCCUGCUGGUCGGAGCGCUUCAGUUCCACCGGCUCGGACAAGCUCUCAUGCGUGGCCGGGAGCUGGGUGAACUCCCGGGGCUCGCUGGGGCUGGAGGGCUUCAGCUGCAAGGCCUGCGUGCAGGUCGUCAGCCCCAAGUAUGCAGACUUGGACUCGCAGAUUCGCCAGGAGCUCUUCUUCGCUGCGGGCUUGAAGUUGCACCUCACGGUGGACACGCGCACCGUUCGCAGCGUCACGGCCGCUGGGGGUUUGCGCACAGGUGGCACCACGGACGUCUUCGUGGCCGAGCUCAUGGACGGCGCUGGUGAGACGCUGCGCCGCUUCCGGUCCAUCACGUCAUCAGGCCAAUGCUUGGCGGAAGUGGGAGGCUCGCUGAGGGCGGAGGCCUGUGCCAGUGAAGCCGAGCCGGCCCAGCUGAUGGAGGUCACGGAGCUCUCUUCUCUGCUCUGGGAGGAGUACAAGGCCAGCGCAGACGUGCCAGGGUCUCAGUCCAGCUACUUGGCGAACCGGGGCUCGGCGCCCACGACGUUGCGGAGCUUCCAGGUGCAGGUAGACUGCGGCUAUCACGCCCUCACUUCCUUAGGCUUCAACCACGGGAUGCAGUUGGGUAUGUCGGGUGCUUGCACGGCUGCAAGCACCUACGGAGCCUUGGUAGAGGCCCCCGCCGUGGACGUGCCGGGGCACGUGACCAUUACUAGCGCCAGUCAUGGUACGUGCCUGAGCAUUAACCACAUCAUACCCUGGAAGAUCACGUCAGCGCACAAUUCGAAAUGUUUGGACUACAAUUACAACACGGAGAACGUCUACGCCUUCAGCUGCCACGGCGGUGACAACCAGCAAUGGUAUAUGGUCAACGGCAACAUGUAUUCGUUGCACAACGGCAAGUGCUUGGACUACCACACCGGCACCAACAAUGUCUACAUGCAUGAUUGCCACGACGGAUCCAACCAAAAAUGGUACUUUGAUGAGGACACAAAAGCGAUCCGCAGCGAGUACGACCACCGGUGCUUGGAUGUUCACCUGGCAGUGGGGCAAUCGGAUAAUGUGUACAUGCAUGAGUGCCAUGAGGGCGCCAAUCAACAGUUUGAUCGACACGAAACAGCCAGCAAAGCCAUCGAGCUCGCCCUACACAUGCCAUGCAGCGGCAGUGCUGCGGAAGAGAUCAAGGUGGAGCCGAUCGGCAGCCACCAGAAGUUCCGCCUGAAGAGCCAGGGCUACACGUUGCAUGGGGAGUACAAGUUCAGCAGCAACAAGAAGAUUGAGAGGGUGGAUGUCUCCAACAAGUGCAUGGAGGCAGACAACAAGCUCAGCGGUGUGAAGCAAGAAACUUGUGUCGACAGUCUCGAGCAGGAGUGGGUCAUCGGUCACGGCCUGCAGGGGCUGGCAGAUGCGCCCAUCGCCUGCGUGGGCAACCAGGUGAUCAGCUACAUCCAGAAGACCAGCUCGCAGAUUCGAUACAAAUGUGUCCAUGUCUCCUCCCUGGGCAUGUGUUCACCAGGCUAUUCCGAGCAGGUGGACACCAAAGCUCUUGAGCUCGAGGAUGUGAAGGCUCUUCGCCUCAUGACGGCCACCUGCCCGGUGGGCCACGGCUUGCGCUCCUUGAUGGCAGAGGCCUCCGACAAGGGCGCCUGGAUCCGGCUCCGCUACGAGUGCUGCCAGAUCAGCCGGGUGCCAGUCACCGUGUACCCGUACCUCCUGAGCAGUGAGUUGAGGGACUUCGACACCGGCAUGGCUGGUGCAUGGGAAGGCGUCUACUGCCCAACCUCCCUGGACAGCUCCGGGCGCAUGCAGUUCUCGCAGUCCAGGAGCUUCAAGCCCGGGCAAAAUCCCUCAGGCACGCUGACCUACGACAAGUUUCAAGGCCAGUGGUGUGUCACAGGCAAGACCUGUGCGGCCUCCGACAUUGUGCACCCGCUGGACAGCCCCCUGCAGGGCUCGGAGUGGCGCGUGGUGCCGGUUUCGGACUUCGACGCGCAGUUCGAGGCGAGGGGCGUGAAGCCCAUCGGGGGCCGCAGGAAGCGGAAGCCCCCGCCCCUCAUCAAGUUUGGGGCGACGGACCCCGAGUACCUGCCGGAGUGCAAGGACGAGUCGCACCCCGGCACUCGGAAGUUCAAGUUGGAGAUCAUGAACAGCGAGGCUGAGAGUCUGGACGACGAGAACCCCUGCAAGUACGUCUUUGGGAAGUCGCCUUCGGACAAGUCUCUGGAAGACGCGCAGGGCAUGACCGGCUGGAAGGAUGACCUCAAGGGCAACACCGGGGCUGGCGUAGGUGGCGUCACCUACAAGAGUGUGAAGGAGUGCGCCGACCGAGAGAUUACGCGGGAGCUCAAGAUGGCGAACUGGGCAGAGGACCAUUUCAACAAGACCAACGGCUUGGACUUCCUCAGGGAUUUCUUCUCAGGAAUCGGCGACGUCUUCCCUGCCGCGGAGGCUGCGCCCUUGGGAGCCGGCUUCGAGUUCCACCCUGGCGCGCUGAUUUAUUUGAUAGGGCACAUGGCCAUCAACGGGGCGGAGAUGGGCCUCAACCAGCAGCUACAGAACCGGGAGAUGAAAUAUGAAGAGGUGGGCCACGACGACUGCAACUCCAUCCAGCAUGGCUUCGCUCGAACCUUUUGCGAUCUCCACUGCAUUCGAGAUGCCGUGAGGAAGGGCAAUGAUGCCAUUCUGCGGGCGAUGGAAGAGGCUGUCGAGGUCAUUGGCAAGAACACGCAGAUUCUGUUGGAGCACUACGUCGGCGAAAGCUCCGGAAGCGGCCUACUGCAAGAAGGCAAGAAGAUCCAAGAGGGCAUUCAGCACCACGUGGCCGAGCUCGCGGAGCUGGCCUCCUCUGCCCUGGAGCCCAAGGCGUCUCUGCUGGCACAGCGCGCCUUGAGCUCCUUCGCCCAGCGCUGGGGAGAAGGCUCCAAUUCCAGCGGCUUGCUGCAAGAGGUGCGCGACCUGCACAGCACCCUGACCUUGUUGUCGCAGAGGAAGAUCUCGCAAACAGAGGAAGUGCAGCAGAGAGCUUUGGAGAUGGCAUCGCACAUGGGCAGUUUUUUGGAGGUCAAAGCCCACAUGCUGGGUGUUUAUCGCCAGCGAGCACACGCUGGGAAGUUCAUUCAGAGGUGGCUGAGGACCAAUUUCCGGCAGGUGACUGCCUCUGAUGUUCUGUCCGAGAUGGAGGAGCAGGCUGCCGAGCGCGCGAUGGAGGAGUUUGACACCAUGUGGUGGGAAAUCCGUCAGGAGCUCGACACCUACCUGCAGGCUUCGCAAGACUACGUGGAUGCAACCAAUAGCGCAGUCCAAAUGCUUCACAGCUACACCUCGGAAUGCCAAGCAGGCUUCUCCGCGCUCAAGCAAUCCUAUGCACUGUCAGCUCGUGCGGAGAAGAAGGCCCAUGAAGCGCUCAAGAAGACAUGGUCAACAGUUUCUGUGCGAAUGGGCGCAAUGGCAUCGAAGGUGAUGGACGGCGCUUUGUUGGAACGUCUGGCAACACACGACAUUCAACAUAUCGAUGUCGGGUCCUUGAUGGCUUCACACCACCAGCCUUGUUCCUCAGAUGCCCUUGGCGUGGUCGAGACAGCCGUCAAGGUUGCCAUGAAGAAGGGAGUCUUCGGGCAAACCUACUGGCAGCUCAAGGAGCUGCUUGAGGAGAUGGCUAUGCUUCAGCAGCGGUUUGCCGUUCAUGGCCAAAACGCCCCCGACGCGAGCACCUUAACCGAGGCCGCUGCGCGGUUCACACAGGCGAGGAAACAGACCACGUCGGCAAGGGAGCGCUUGGCGCGAAAGAUGCUGGCACAUUGGCAGCAAGGCGCAUGUUAGUCGAGUUGUGGCUAAUGCCUGGCUCUGAAGUUUUAGAGGAAACCACAAUAUUGGUUCGCGGACAAAUCUUAUGUAGA